ACGUGAUACGGCUGCCAUUCACACUCGUGGUUCCACCAACAGCAGCGUUCCUUCCAAAUUCAAGCUGUGGCCGAACGGAGGUGAACAUGGCCGAUGUGUCGGAGAGGACGUUACAGGUUGCUAUAGUCGUUUCGUUUGCGGCAGGUUUUAUCGCCGGCUGGCAGGCAAACAGAAUGCGAAGAAGGUUCUUGGACUGGCGGAAAAAGAGGUUACAAGACAAGCUUGCAGAAACACAGAAGAAGCUAGACCUGUCAUGACACAUACAAAAUAUCAUGCAGCCCGACCUGUUCUUUCGCUUUCUAGGGUCUCGGUCAUCAAGGCCUCAUAUAGUAUUCCUGACUUCACAAACAGAAUAAGGAGUCUGUCAGCACCUGUCCAGCGAUCAACAGUGAUCAGGCGUUCAACCUUGGAUCAAGGAAACAAUCUACAGGCUGGAGCAAAGCAAUACAACUUUCUCAAAGACUUUAAACACUCAGCAGAAUGUUGUAUUUAUAAGAUUUUUGCUUCAAUGUUUGUUCAAGCCAUGAAUUAUAUUACCACGUCUGUGCUUUUUCUUUGUAUCUGUCAGUUGAAAUAAAUGCAAAUAUUUUAUUAA